GCAGAAGACAUUGCAAACACAGGACACAAAAACAUCUCUUGGGGAGACAGAAUCUCUGCCAGGCAGUAAGAUUAUCAUCAGGCCUUCAUCCCUCCAAGAACUCUCAUCCAAAGCUCAGCGGGAGUACAUUAUUCCAGAUUCGUUAGACAGUGUUCUCUCUAGGUUGAAAACAGACGAUUCUUCCCCAGAGUUCAAGGGGCUUUCUACAAAAUUUGAUAAAUCUCUCAAACAAAAUGGUCUUUCUUCAAAAACCUCAAGAGAUUCUAAACUGAAUGGUCUUCCACUGGAGGCAUUUCCCAUGGAUUUGAAUGUCCUUUCU